GAUGAAUUCUCGAUCAAGGAUGUUUUCGGUCUUCGGUCUCGACGAACAUCAUCAUUACACGGCACAGUAACCACUUGGGCACGCCGGACGCAAGUAUACAAGACGUGGCACUAUGACAUCCCUUCAUCCAGUGCUAAAUUCGUCGCCGCUCCAUGAUAAUCUAUUCAAUGCGUAGCCCUCAUCAUACAUUUUCAAGCCGGGACGCGCGUCCUUAGAUAGCUUACGAACUCGAGAAGGGCUUGGCUAGGAGUUGAGUUCUUUCUUUAGAUGGCUAUCCAACAAACUAGAUAUGAGAGCCACUAUCAUGCGAUAACCUGUACACAGAUCACUUUCACUCAGUACACAUCAACUCGGAACUUCCAAUGGCUGCAGUACUCAACAAGACCCUCCCUCCCACCACCCUCGCCGACUGGGAGCGAUCCGACAAAUACCAUAACUCCCACCUGUUGCAGAACGACGAGACUCUCGAAGCUGCUCUCCAGAAUAGCGAGGCAAACGGGUUGCCAGUCAUUUCUGUCAGCCCUGCUCAAGGAAAAUUCUUGUACCUGUUGGCCAAGUCCAUUGGCGCAAAGAGGAUCUUGGAAGUUUGUUCUGCCAGAUAUUCCGCUAUCCACUUUGCGAGAGCGCUUCCAGACGACGGAAAGGUUACGACUUUAGAGUUGGAAGAGCGAUUAUGCCAAGGAAUAUUAAAAAAAGCAGGAGUGGCCUCCAAGAUUCAAAUCAUUGUCGGCCCCGCCCUUGACUCACUUCAAAAAAUGCCCUCGGAACCGAAUGGGGGCGUCGCGAAUCCUGCUGAUAAUAGUGAGAUUCCUACUGGCGCGACGAUGAGGUCGGAGGCAACUACCAUUAGUACUGUUGGUGAAAAAGGAUACGACGGUUUUUUGUAUGCUAUCAGGAAGUAGAGUUUGGUAUUACCGAAAGUUAAAAGUAGCAAGUCGCAUGCCCAGGAUGCGGCUUGACCAUCGGAACA